GAGGUGCUCCUCCCCCACCACCACCACCUGGCGGCGCUGGGCCUCCUGGACCGUCACCUCCGUUGGGGGCAGCCAACGCCAAAGCCAACACCAACGCCAAAGAGAACCAGAAGGUAGAGUCGCCCUAUAAACCACUGUUCUGGAAGAAGCUGCACCCGCAGCAGGACACCUUCUGGUCGAACUUGGGACUGGGCAACGAGGUUGAUAGCACGCAAGUGCAGAAGGAGUUUCUCAAGGCUCAAACGAAGACCAAGGACAUCACCGUUGCUGCGUCUGUAGCGCCAAAGACCAUCACCGUACUGGACGGUAAGAGAGCACAGACAGUCGGUAUCGCACUUGCAAAACUUCCCAACGUCAACACCGUCGGCCAAUACAUCCACGACAUGAACGACAAAGAGCUGGAUCGAGACACCGUGAAGCGUCUACUCGACAUUUUAGCCACCAACGAGGAAAUCGCCGCAAUGAAGGUAUACUACACUUCAACUGCCUGCGUUCACUCCAAGGGCCAAGAAGUCUGUUGUCGUGCUUACACACAAACAUCUAUCACAUCUCAGUCUGUAGGUACCAUGUACUCGCACGUGUUUGUGCUGUGUACGUACAUUCUUUAA